AUGGAUGGAACUGCGGCGGAGGUGCCACAGACAAAAGGCAUCCCAUAUUGGCGUCUAAUCUUUGAUCAAUCUGUUCUUCCGCAGGAGGUUAUUGAUCAUACUCAUAAUGGUUCUGGAACAGAGGAGGAUCCUUACCAGGUAACAUGGAUCCCCAAUGAUCCUCGAGAUCCUAUGAACUUCCCGUUCUUGCAAAAAUGUUGGAUUACACUCUUGGUUGGUAUGAACACAUUGGCGGUGGCAUUGGUCUCGUCUGCGUACUCGGGCAGUCUGACACAGAUUAUUCUGCAUUUCCAAAUUAGCGAGGAGCUCUCGAUCGCUGGAAUCUCGUUGUUCGUGCUUGGAUUUGCUGUCGGUCCGUUGCUCUGGGCACCGUUGAGUGAGCUAUACGGACGACGAGUCGCCUUGAACCUGAGUGCACUGGGUUUGACCGCAUUCACGGCUGGCUGUGCUGGAUCCCAAAAUAUUUGGACUCUAUUGAUUCUUCGAUUCUUUGGUGGAGCGUUCGGUGCUGCCCCGUUCGCUGUAUCGGGUGGUGUUAUUGCAGACUGUUUCCCCGCAAUGACGCGUGGUCUUGCAAGUGGAUUGUACUGCGCUGCGCCCUUCCUAGGCCCGACUCUGGGUCCUAUUAUCGGUGGAUUCUUGGCGGAGAACGAAGGUUGGCGCUGGGUGGAGGGAUUGGUCGCUGCGUUUUCCGGACUCUUGGGAAUUAUCGGCUUUCUCUUUUUACCGGAGACAUAUGCGCCGGUGUUACUCCGCAAGCGUGCUGAACGUCUGUCUGCAAGCACUGGUCAAGUCUAUCAGAGUAAGGUUGAGAUUGAUCAGGGUAAAAAAAGCCCCGCAGAAAUCUUCAAAGUCACUUUAUUCCGACCAUGGGUGUUUCUUAUCCGCGAGCCAAUCGUUCUCCUACUCUCGAUCUAUCUUUCCAUUAUUUACGGAAUUCUGUACAUGCUUUUCGCAGCAAUGCCAAUCGUCUACCAAGAAAAACGUGGCUGGAGUGAAGGAGUCGGUGGUCUAUCCUUCCUGGGCAUAACUCUCGGCAUCGUCUGUUCCACGAUAGCAACCUUCCCAGUAUUCUACAGCUACCAACGAAAGGCCGUUGCUGCUAAAGGCCGGCUUCCACCUGAAGCGCGCCUGCCAGCCGCGAUGAUUGGUGCGAUCUCCCUUCCCGUUGGACUGUUCUGGUUCGCCUGGACCAACUCACCUGACAUCCACUGGCUCGCCUCCGUAGCCGCCGGCGUACCUCUUGGUUUCGGAAUGGUGAUGGUCUUCCUUCCAGUACUGAACUACCUGAUCGAUUCAUACACCAUCUAUGCCGCAUCUGUGCUAGCCGCCAACGUCUCCAUGCGAUCACUUUUUGGUGCAGCGUUUCCGCUCUUCACGACAUCUAUGUAUGAUAAUCUCGGUAUCCACUGGGCGUCAUCUAUUCCAGCGUUCCUGGCACUCGCUUGUGUGCCUAUGCCUUUCUUGUUCUAUAAAUAUGGACCCGAGAUUCGGAAGAGAUGUCGGUAUGCGGCGGCUUCUGAGGCAUUCAUGCAGAAGUUAUAUGGGGCUGCUGCGGCCAAGGUGGAGAGUGAAGCUCCGACUGAUAAUGAGCACUCUGAUUGA